AGGCAGUUGGAACUUGGAAGUGACGGUGAUCGUGAUGGUGACGAUGUCGCAGUGGAAAUCCGAAGGCAUGAGAAAGGGAAUAUCAGAACAGGGUUAAACAGGGUGAAAAUCAGCGAUAAAUGACGGGAAUAAUGUCACGACGCAAGGAACAACAGCGAGAGAAAGUAUACUGGCAAGAAAUCAAUGUGGGUGUAUCAAAGCGAAAACAGGAGGGACAAAUCAGUACAACUCUGGAAGGAUGUCAUGCGAUAAAUCCAGCACGAAUAUAGGAUGUAAGGAGCCGAUAGGGAUGGUGGAGCCAGAGUAACACCUGAGCAACUCGGAAAGCAGGACAGAGCAACAGUACAGAAAAUGAACAAAUAUAGAAAAGUACAGGAAAGAUGUGGAUGACAGUGAUAAUGCCACUUGAUCCUAGGCAUUCAUCGGCGACGAGUAUUCCAGCCACGACCACGCAAGACAGGUGGGGGCGGUUCCGUUCUCUGCCUACAGGAAACUGUUAACAAUCGAUUCUCAGUUUGACUGUUGAGCGAAAGCUUAUCUCCUCCCCCUCGUUCUCAGAAUCCUCCUAAGGAACGACUCCCCCUCCUUCUCAUUCUCCUUAUCAGAGUCACCACCUCGACCACGACGAUUAUGGAGACAUGGGUUCCAACCAAGGGUACCCAAGCCGUCAUCUUCCGACGGAGGCUCGCCGGGAGGGAGUUCCUGGGCCGCCGAACUUUCCUCGACGGAGCCACCCCCAUCCUCCGAGCCCUGCAAGAGAACGCCCUUCUCUUGCUCAUCAUCCUCGUUUGAAGCUUCCCCAUUCUCCGAGCCCGGCUCACUAUUCACCUCACCAUCCUCCUGAGAGGAGACCUAGUUAGGUUAAGGCUGAUCGCCUUCCGCAUCCUCACCGUGGACCGCGCCACUGUCCAGCCCAUCUUCUCCCCAAAUACUUUCCUCCUAUGGCCCCCGCUCUUCAACGCC